AGAGACCGAGAUAUUAAUGUAUCAAUUCUCUAUAUAGAUUAGUGGUUUCUAGAGGGAAAGAAAGAAAUUAAAGAAACUAUGGACAAUUUGCUAGUCCUCAUCCUAACGUCCUUUCUCUGUGCCUCCUUCCUCAUCUACAUCCUAUUCAUCAAACGAGCCUCUAACAAAUCUCUCAAACUCAAAGAUGACAAUUCGUCAGCCUCGAUUCACAAGUACUCGACUUGCUUCGUUCGAUCAUCAUCGUCUUCUUCAUACAGGCUCCCACCAGGCCCUCGUGCCUACCCUGUAAUUGGAAACAUCCUAGAGCUUGGCUCUAACCCUCUCUUGUCCAUCACGAACCUCUCCAAAUCUCACGGACCCAUUAUGUCACUCAAGUUAGGCACAAGGAUUGCCAUAGUCAUCUCUUCUCCAGAAAUAGCCAAAGAAGCUUUUCAAAAGCACGACCUAGACUUCUCUAGCCGAACCUUCCCAGACUGUGCUCGAGCUCUUGACCGUCACCGACUCUCUGUAACAUGGCUUGCCGUUUCACCUCAGUGGAGAACCCUAAGACGAGUUUGUGUUACGAAAGUUUUCUCAACUCUGAAGCUAGACACCACCCAGUUUCUACGCCAAAGCAAGGUUGGAGACUUAAUCCAUCACGUCCAUGAAUAUUCCAUCAAAGGUGAGGCUAUAGAUCUCACUGAGGCUCUCUUUACUACAGUUCUGAAAUCAAUAUCGAACAUGCUUUUCUCCAUGGAUUUUGCUCGUUAUGGUUCUGAUAAGGCUCGAGAGUAUAAGAAGUUGAUGAUUGGGAUCGUGGAUGAAGCUGGAAGGGUUAAUGUUUCCGAUCUUUUUUAUGUUUUGAGCUUUUUGGAUCUUCAAGGCGUUCGUGCAAGGAUGACAGGUUACCUUAGGAAGUUAUAUAAGAUUUUUGAUGAUAUUAUGGAAGACAGAUUGCGUUUCAGAAGUUUGAACAAGGAGUCCAAAGAUUACACUGAUGUGUUGGAUUCAUUUCUCAAUCUUAUGCAAGACGGUACUUCGCAGUUGAGUCGUGAUGAUGCUCUUCAUUUAUUCAUUGAUUUAUUUAUAGCGGGGGUAGACACAACAUCAAGCACACUAGAAUGGGCAAUGGCAGAAUUAAUGCGAAACCCAGAAAAAAUGAUAAAAGCAAGAACAGAACUCCAACAAGUUCUUAGUAAAAGUACUUUGAAAUUUGAAGAGUCUAUGGUCUCAAAGUUGCCUUUCCUACAAGCAACACUCAAAGAGACUUUACGCCUGCACCCACCAGCACCAUUUCUAGUACCCCACAAGGCAAUUUGUGAUGUCGAGUUAUGUGGCUUCUUAGUACCCAGAAAUUCACAAAUUUUAGCAAAUGUGUGGGCUAUGGGAAGAGAUCCAAGCAUAUGGGAAAACCCUAAGUCAUUUAUCCCUGAAAGGUUUUUGGAAAGUGAGCUUGAUUUUAAGGGCAAUGAUUUUAAUUUUAUUCCAUUUGGUGCUGGAAGGAGGAUGUGUCCCGGGUUGCCCUUGGCUUCUAGGGUACUUUCUUAUAUGUUGGCCUCUCUCAUAUAUCACUUUGAUUGGAAGGUCCCAGAUGGGUUAAAGGCUGAGGACAUGGAUAUGAGUCAAAGAUAUGGCCUUACCAUGCACAAGACUCAACCUCUAAGAGCUAUUCCUGUCAGAGUGUAGUUGCUAAUUUUGUUGCUUUCAUGAAUAAUACUCAUGUUGUUUUUACUAAAAGCAAGUCUCUUUAAUUUCUAAAAGUCGGCAAUCUGGAAUUUACUUAAUUACUAAGAUUUUAUUCGAUCUA